UAUGAAUUAAGAGAGAGAGAGAGAGAGAGAAAAAAAAAUGGAAAGUGAACUUAGCUUCUUGAUUUCUGUUCUGAUCAUAUGUGCAGACAUUUCAGCUGGAGUUCUUGGGAUAGAAGCUGAGAUUGACCAGAGGAAGCAGCAACAUCAUCCUAACCACCAACAACAUGGAUGUCGAAGAAACCCAAGCUCUGGAGCUUUUGCUGAGGGAGUAGCUGCAAUAGUGCUUCUGUCUAUCGUCCAUAUCACAGCCAAUGUGCUUGGAGGCUACGCUUACAGUCGCUCUAAGCAAGAUAUCAAGAGAGCAACGGCCAACAAGAUACUGGCAGUGGCUUUCCUUGUGUUCUCCUGGAUCUUUUUUGCUGUGAGCUACUCGACGCUGAUGGUAGGAACACUAGCCAACUCGAGAUCAAAUAGAUACUGCAGCUUGAGGAGUCGUUGGCUCUUCCUAAUUGGAGGCAUAUUUUGUCUAGGACAUGGACUGGUGACUUCAGCAUUUUAUGUUUCAGCCCUUGCUGCUAGUAAAGAAGACAAAGAGAAUGUGCAACAAGAAGAUCCAGCAAAUAGAAGAGGCGCAUGAUCAUGCCUUUUCAACACAAUUAUGUUUUGUGAGUGUAUAAAAUUAACAUAAUAGCACUUAAAUUGCUUCACUUGUGUCAAAAUUUGCUUCCUUGACAUUAAUAAAU